UUCAAAUACUGUACUGUCUGUGCAUGUGGUGCAUGCAGCUACAACUCAGCAGGGAGAUCUGGCCCAGUCCUGCGACAUCCACGUCAAUCGUCAUGUUCCUCUUGUCAGUUGAAAUAAUUGAGGGUGGAUAAAAGGAUAAAGGCUCCCACUCGACCUCACUUCUCAGCUCGAUCAGUAGGAGCUACAUGUAGCUGCAUCGUUUCGUAGCACAUCACCAGUGUCUUUACCAGGAAACAGCUACUUGGGAAAAGGUUCUUCUACAAACGAAGAAGAGAACUAUCCUCUGACGAUAAUCAACCAAACUGGAAAGAAGUUGAACAAAACACAAGCGUACUGCCCAAAGUUUAGCCCUUGUUGUUUUGAAGCGACGAUCUUCACUAUAGCAUUCACAAUGCCAAUGGAUUCUUCUAAAUCUCCCGGCCGCUCAUCGCGAAAGCGCAAGCACUCUGCGUCGGAAUCGCAAGGGUCGAGAGAAUGUGUGAUCUGUUUGGAGCAGCCCAAAGAGCGAGGAAAGAUCUCCUGCUGCGAUCACCUCUUCUGCUUUGACUGCAUCACGAAAUGGGCGAAGGUCACCAACUGCUGUCCGCUCUGCAAGGCGCAGUUCAACAAAGUCGAAAAGACCACUCUGGGCGGCGAACGCGUGAAGGGAUCGCGCUCACGCACUGUUAAGAACAAGCAGCAGGAUGUCUGGUACGACUCGGACGCUGAUUCUGACGACUCGGACACGGAUAUUGGCAGCGAACUGGGAGGCCUGUACAGGUCUGUGUUUGGUUUUGCGACCAACUUGCUCAACAAUCUAGUGUCACAGCAACGGCCACGAUCUCGUCCCAGUUCCCAUCGGGAGACUUAUGACUUCAACGACUCCUUCAUUAACGACAGCGACUCUUCAGAAGAGUGGGAGCAGUUUGAUCACGCACCUAGUCAAGACGUGGAUUCAGACAUCGAAAUCACAUUCGACAGCGACGUGCCGCAGGUCGUGUCCACGACGACGACGACGCGAACGAGGACGAUGACCGUGCGCGACGGACGGUACUCGUUGCGGCCAGCAAACACCGGCCGCAACAUCGUGGCCCCGUCCAACACCCCGGCGGUGCCUUUGCCCGGUGACAUGGAAGAGAUUUCCUCUCAAUUGAGGCGCAAUGCCCGACGCAUUGCUAAUGUUCGCGCUGCCAGGUCAUCCAGGUUGGCCAGGUCGUUAGGCACCGCCGUGCCCGACGACCUGGAUGACGUUGACCUACAGACGGCCAUCAUGGAGUCGAUGCGCGGAGCCGACGGUGCCCGCCCCACCAGCAGCAUGGGCGCGGCAGGCCAUUCCACCACCACGUUUUCCAGGCGAGGAGAGCAGACAGUGACGGCGGCGGAUGUGGCAUACCAACGACCCCGACGCGCACCGCGGUCCGUCGCCGCCCGGUCGGCCAUGGGCGGCGUCGCUUCGUCGCCCGCCGUGUCCUUAAGUCGGGGCGGCGUCGCGAGCAGCUCACUCGCGCCCUCGUCCUGCGCCCGUACCGAAGCCUGCGGCGGCAGCAGGACUAGACUAGGCGUAGGAGGUUUGCGUGGUGCGUCCCCAGCAGCAGCAGCAUCGUCUACGACGGCGGCGUCGCACAGCGGUGCUCUCCGCAACGCCGAACAGCUCAAUCGUCCCCGCCGCGCUGCCCUCGCCUCUCUCGGCGUCAGUUCUCGUGCCGCGGACACGAGGGCUGCUCCGGCAAGACAGCUGUAUAGCUGGCAAUCUCCGUUGGUCACAGGACCCUUCGAGCGUCGAUCCAUGGACAGCGAUGUGUUUCAACAGCUGUAUGUCUUUGAGGCUGAAACUACGGGCGCCACUGUGGACGUCAGUGAAGUCGACAGCAGCAGCAUCAGUGACAGCAGCAGCAGCAGCAGCAUCAGUGACAGCAGCAGCAGCAGUGAUAGCUGCGAGGUCAAUGAUACCGACAGCGACGCCGACGCCCACAUGGACGACGUUGCGAUCGUGGCGGAGCCCCAGGUGCCGCAUAACCAUCUUACCACACGCCAGCAGGUGGCCACUGCCACUGCUGCAGCAAAAGCGGCUGCAGUAGCUGCAAAUGCAAGGGCAGCGACAGCUCGCUGCUACAUGUCAUCUGCUGGCGCGACUGGCCGCCGCAAUCAUCGACAGCGCCCGACAGCUACAGAGCCAGCGGCAUCAUCUCGUCAAGUCAGCUCCGGCUGGCUGACGCGACCGAGCAACGGCGCUACAAUGCACUUGUUGCGGCAUCACCGCCGUCCGAGGCCGGCGUUCGACGAGCCGUCGACCUCGCACGUCCAUCAGGCUUCCACCGAGGUCUGCGUGUCGACGUCGCCGAUGCCAUUGCCGUCUUCUCCGUUUUCUUCUUGUUACGACGACUCCGGGUCGGAGCAGAAUAUGCCGCGGCGGUCUCGGCCACUCACACCUCUCCGCUCAUCGCACCGAGGACCUUAUCCGACUACCUGGCGGAAGGAGCAGUGUCAUGUCGACCCUGCCUUCUUCUCUUCACCGUCGUCCAGCACCGGCUCGGUGCAAUGCGUCACGCCCAGUCCCACCAUCGGGCGUGCUGUCGUCAGUAGCGGCCUGCGACGUGAUCGCUCCAUGCUAGAGGAGGCGGACGACGAGGAGGUGGACUUGCACGUGGUGCCCGACUCCGUCGAGGAAGCAACACCCGCUAGCGAUGGGCAAGUUGUCCUUGUGGCAACGCCCACUAAUGAUGGGGAAGUUGUCGUCGUGACAACGCCAGAGCUACUGCCCAAGGUCGAGCCGACAGGUCAGCCGAGUCGGAGGAGGCGCCUGCCAUUCGGUCUGGAUUUGGACAGCGAUGAUGACCUGGAAUUUGCCAGGUUUGGACAGCGAUGAUGACCUGCCAUCCGAUCUGGCUUUGGACAGUGAUGACGAAUUACCUGGUAUAGGCCGACUUUGGACAGUGAUGAUGAAUUACCUAAUCCAUGUAUAGGCUACAGGACAUAUCUACACUUGACACUUGCUUGGGUCGACUUAUCUGAAUUGCAUAUGCAGUUCUCCAAAAAAAUGGAAGUGAUUCUGUUUUGUGUGUUUUGCGCACACCGUGUACAUGCAUGCUCACGCUGCUAAGUAUCAUGCAGACAUGGGCACGUUGUGUUGUCGAUUGCCCGGAGAAGUCAAGUAGCUGUAUCAAAUCCAACCCUCUCUCGCGCUACGAUUCCUCUUCAUCUGUGUGUGUGAGCGUGCUUCGCUUUAAAUAUCUUGCGUUCGCCCAAAAAAAUGGAACCGAUUAUUUCGGGCGUUGUGCACGUGCCUUGUGCACGCUCACUAUGCCAACUAUCAUAAUACAGACAUUGGCACGCCGUGUCGUCAAUUACCGUGAACCCUUUAACCUCUACAGGGCUAUGCCAGUCAGCCACUGGACGAAAUUCUAAAAACAUGGCGAAUGGCCAGCUCCACGACAUUUUUUAACAAGUCUAACCAACUCGUGCUACGAUUCCUCUUCGUCUGUGUGCGCUUCGUUUGCACGUAUCUCUCUUUCUUUCUCUCUUUCCUUCUUUCAUGCUGGCCGGAAUGGCACGCUUCUGGCAUGCUGUCAAUGGAGAGCAUGUGACACGCUGUAUAUGUAUACGUAGGAAUAUUUGUUCCUUUUUCAGAAUCUGUUUCCACUGCUGAGUGCCAGCAGUGUCGAAUCCAAACGCUACCCGCCGUGACAAUUGCAGUGUUUUGUUUUGCUUUUUGGCUAGCGUAUCAGUCCCAGCUGUUGUGCUGUCGUGCUGUUGUUGUUUUUUUUAAUGUGGAGCUCGAAAUCACUUUGCUCACUUGUCUUUCUGCUGGUCUUAAAAAUGCGACAGUUCAACCUUUAUCGCCGGGAACCCUCCUGGCUACCACAAUGCUCGUGGAUUUGCUUGUACAGUGGCGUUAUGCGCUGUAGUUAUAGUAGCCCGUAGAAAUUGCUCCUACUUCCCACUUCUUGGAUUGUAUUUUGAAAUUGCUUAUCGGCUCGCUGGGUCUAUCUCCACCUCUGAGAUACCAUUACUGGCGUCAACGCGCAGUUACUAUUAGUACAAGUACUCAUGUAGUCUGUUUCUUGCGCUGCUGCUGUUGUUUCAGAGCCCCGCGUUGCGAUAAUUAUAAAAUCAUUGCCUGGUGCACACCGCUUUCAUGGUUACAACGACCCCUGAAACUGCUGAAUCCAAACGCUUCCAUCCCGCCAAGGUUUCAACGUAGUCUGUUUCUUGCGCUGCUGCUGUUUCGGAGCCCCGUGUUGCGAUAACAAUCAUUGAUUGGUGCAUACCGCUUUCAUGGUUACAACGACCCCUGAAACUGCUGAAUCCAAACGCUUUCUUCCCGCUACCGUUUCGAUGUUUCUUUUUGGACCCGUCCGGAUUUUUCUGCUGCAUGACUGUGCUUGUUCUUGGCUGCACUGUCUAUGAAUAAUCGAGAGUGUUGCAGUCGAGUAAACCCACUUGUUGGCUGUAUGCACCUAAGAUGCCCGUCACCUUUUUUGCGGGGCAAGUUACCCUUUUACUUGGCAGGUCGCCAGGUACAACCCGUUUAUAUAGUGCAUUUAUGAAUAUGACCUCACAAAGUUCAUGACCUUUUA